AUGGCCGCGACCCUCCCCUACGUCGUCGUCUACUGCAGCAGCGAAUCGUCCGAGGCGCCGGCGCGGUGCCUCGAGGAGCCCGGCGGCGGGUGCUGGGUGUCGGACGCGCGGCACCGCUUCCCCGUCGAGGUCGGGCUCUGGGUCGGCGACGCGACGCUGGAGGCGCUGCGCUUCGUCGCGCACGAGUCGCUCGCGCCGCGGCGCGUCGAGGUCUACGUCGCGUCCGGCGAGGGCGAGGCGCCGCGCGACGACUUUUCGCGCGAGCCGGAGGCGCUCGCGACGCUGCGGCGGCGCUGGCGCGGCGAGUACGGCGACGCCGUGUUCACGCGCGUCGGCGCCGUCGACUUCCACGGCGACGCGCGGCGGGACGCGCGGCGGCCCGCGCGGGGCGGCCCGGAGCGCGAGGCGAAGCUCGCGCGAUUGGCGCGGCCCGCGCGGCGCUGCCGCUUCGUGCGCCUCGUCGUGCACGAGCCGCUCACGGCGCUGCGGCCGGGCGGCUCCUGGGGCGCGACGCCGCUCCCGCUGCGGCGCCGGCGGCAGCACUGCGUCGCGCUCGCCGCGAUCCUCCUCCGCGGCGCGGACGCGGAGAGCCGCCUCGAGGCGUCGCGCGGGAGCGGCGGCGCGGAUCUCGCGAAGGAGGCGCUCGACGACGCGGAGCGGGCCUUGGUCGCGUCGGGCGUGGCCGCGGACGUCGUCGCGGGGCUCGCGCGCGGCCGCGCGUCGGACCGCGCGGCCGCGCGGCGGUCGAGCGACGCGUCCGUCUCGCGCGCGCUCUUCCCCGCCGCGCCCGAGCGGCAUCCGCCGCCGCAGCGGACGCCGCGCGCGACGCCGCCGCCGGCCGCCGACGACGACGCGCUGCUGCGCUCGCUGGAGACGGGCCUCCAUCGAGCGAAGACCUCCAAGCGCGCCGCGGCCGCGGCCGCCUUCGAGGCGGCCCUGGCCCGGGGCCGCGCGCUCGCGGCGGAGGCGCGCGAGAGCGCCGAGGAGAUGCGCGCCUGCGCCGCGCGGGACGACUUCGACGGCGCGUCGGCGGAGCAGCGCCGCGGCCGCGCGCUCAAGGAGGAGCGGCUGCGGGUGCUGCGGCGCGCGCUCGACGACUACGACGGCGACGGCGCGGGCCGCGACCCGCUCUCGCCGCGGCGGCCCGAGGACGACGACGACGGCGACCUGCCCGCGCCGCCGCGCGGCGCCGUCUUCUGCCACGCCUGGAGCCGGGACGCGGCGGCCGCGCUGCCGGGCGGCGCGGAGCCCGUCGACGCGUCGCGCGACGACGGCGACCUCGCGGCGAGCCUCGACGCGUCGGGCGCGGCCAAGGAGACGCGGCGCGACGCGACGGACGCCGUCUUCGACGUGGCGACGUCCGCGAAGCUCCGCGCGCGGCGCCGCGCGAAGCGCGCGUCGAAGGACGGCGACGAGGCGUUCGCGCCGCCGGACCCCGUCGACUCCGAGAGCGACGAGAGCGACGGCGGGGCCGCGGGGUCCGACAGCGAGCCCGACGCCAACGACAUGACGCUGACGGACGCGUCGAUGAUGACGUCGACCAUCGACGGCCUGGCGUCCGUCACGGGCGACGGCGGCGCGCGCCACUUUCCCGCGGGCGGCGGGUCCUUCGACGCCGCUUUGCCCGUGCUCUCCGCCGACGGCUUCUGGGGCUUCGACGAGCGGCCCCUGGAGCCGCUGGAGGGCGUGCCGCUGCGCCUCGGCGGCGACGACGGGGACCCGCGCGCGGCCGUCGAGCGGCUGCUCCGCGGGCCCGAGACCGUGUCGUCGCGUCUCGUGCUCUGGAUGGACAGCGAGAACAUCGCGGACGCCGGGGCCGUCGCCGACGCGUUGGGCCAGAUGCACGCCGUCGCCCUGUCGCCGCCGCCGCCGCCGCCGGGGGGCUACGAGGAGUGGGCCGUGCGGCGCGCGCUCGGCGCGGCCGCGCGGCCGGGGCCGGGCGACGACGGCGACGGGCCCUUCUUCGCGCCGCCGCUGGCGGCCCUGCUGCACGCGCGCGUCGACGAGGACUCGGGCGGCGGCCUGCGGCGCGUGAAGAUCGUCGACGAGGCGGCGAAGGACUCGCCGCGCGUCGUGUUGGUUGAGGACGCGGCGACGGCCGGCGCGGCGCGCGGCGAGGCCGCGCUGCGGGCCGCGCGGUGCCGGGCCGUGGACCGGGCUCUGGUCGCGGCCGUGGGGGACCUCGCCCUGGCCUUCGCGUGCCAGGGCAACUGGAUCAUGCGCCGCCAGGUGUUCAACCUGGUCCGCGACGGCGCGUCGCGCGUCGACGGCGCCGCGCUCGGCGCCGCGGCCGACGACCUGGCGUUGUUCGAGGUCGACGCGGAGCGCACGCGGCGCUACGGCGCCGCGCCGGACGACGGCGGCCGGGGCACGGGCCCGCCGGAGCUCGCGCCCUUCCGGCGGCGGCGCCUCCUCUUCGCCGCGCUCGUGACGCUCUUGCAACAGGGCCUCGCCGACGCGUCGGCGGACGUCUUCAUCGCGGCGAACCGGCUCCUGGUCGACGUCUUCAAGGGCCGCGCGAAGCGCAACGUCAAGUUCCGGAGCGCGCGCGACUCGCAGAAUCUCAUCGAGCCGAACGAGAUCCGGUUCAUCGACGCGGGACAGGACGCGGCCGCGUCGCCGCGGCGGCGCGACGACGACGACGACGACGCGCACCUGCGGCCCUGGGAGGUGCUGCGCCUGGGCGUGCGGUCCACGGGGUCGCCUCUGCGGGAGGCGCUCGUCGCGCUGCGGCGGCUGCUGCCGCUCGUCGCGCAGCGCCUGCCGCGGCUGCGCCGGCGGGACCUGGGCGAGGACGCCUUCGCGUCCCAGGCGGCGAAGCGCGCGAGCCGCCGGGCGACGAAGACGCUGCUGAAACUGGCGAACCUCCACUGGCUCGGCGCCGCGGUCGUCGCCGCGGCCGUGCUGCCGCCCGCGCCGCCGUGCGGCGCCGCGCGCGACGUCGCCGGUCUCGACGACCUCGAGACCUACGCGGACUCGGCGGCGCGGCCCAUCGCGAGCCGGCGCCUCGCGGCCGCGCGGCUCCGGGCGCUCGCGCUGCUGGUGGCGCGGUCGGGCGCGCUCCGGGACUCGCGGCUCGCGCCGCAGGACGUCGUCGCGCUCUGCGUCGCGACGCUGCGGCGCGACCCGCGCAUGGACGUGAAGCGCGCGGCGGGGGCGCUGCUCGGGGCGCUCUACGCGCGCCUCGUCGACGACGCCGCGUCCGCGCGCGUCGCGCGCGACGACGACUUUAGCCUCGCGGCGUCUGCGCGCGACGCGCGCGGCGCCGUCGACGCCGCGCUGCGGCAUCUGGGCUUCGAGGCGCCGCCGACGCUGCUCAAGCCCAAGCACCGGCUCCGGGCGGGCGACGACGACGCGGAGACGGACGCGCGCCUCGCGGCGGACCCGACGCGGCGGCGCAACGACCCUUCCCUCGCGCCCUGGCUCCUCGGGCCCCUCGCGCGCGUCGACCUCGAGAUGGAGCGCAAGUACGGGUCCGCGCCGUCCGUCGCCGCCGAGGCGAAGCAGCUGAAGAAGGCCGCGCAGGCCGCCGCGGCCGCGCGCGAGGCCGCGGGCCGCGCCGCGGAGCGCUGCGCGCGCGACGCGCACGCGACGGCGGACGCCGCCAUGCGCCGGGCCUACGAGGCGGCGGAGGCCGCGCGCCACCGCGACGCGCGGGACCGCGCCUACCGCGUCGACGCCAUCUCCCACGUCGUCCACGGGCGCAAGGUCGCGCGCGCGUGGCGCGUCGCGUUCCGCCGCCGCCUCAUCGCCGCGCGCGUCCGCGCGGCCGACGACGCGCUCGGCGCCGCGACGCGGGGCUACGCGGCGGCGGCGACGAAGCGGCGCCCGCUGCCCGCGGCGCUGGCGGACCUGCGCACGCGGAGCGCCGCGUUCCACGCGAAAAUGCUCGACGAGGCCGCGGCGGCCGCCGCGGCCGCGGCCGCGGAGGAGCAGCGGCGCAAGGACGAGGAGGUGAAGGACGUGGAGCUGGCCAUGGUCGCGUCCGACGCCCUCGACGCGGCGCCGGCGCCCGGCGACGACGGGGCCCACGCCACGGGCGGCGCCACGGCGAAGGCGCCGUCGAGGGCGCCGACGCCGCGCGAGACGCCGCGGCCCGACGGCAAGGUCCACCCGCUCCCCGCGGACGGCGGCGACGCCGCCGCACCGCCCGCGGCCGGCGACAAGGACAAGAAGGGCUGCGCCGUCAUGUAA